AUGCCUGAUAUUUCAGAUCAGGUCCUGUCAGGUGUCGAUGCUUCAUUCUCAAUUAAUGAGAUUGAACUCAUUGAUACAUUCACACGAAGGUGUUCGCAUCUACGACCAUUACCGUCUCAUCAAUACCCGAAUGAAACCCUCAUCUACUAUGGGUACAUUGGGUGUGCCCCGAUGUAUCCUUCUGUUGCCAUCUCGCUUCGUACACUCGCUGCCUACCGUCAGUCGCACCGAACGUGUCCCCAGUUCAGUAUCAAAUCACAAUGCAAGACUUUAUGUUACCUUCACGAUAUUCCAUAUCGGCCAUACUUAAAAAUGCAAUUCUCGGCAGCCUAUGACAUUUUUCUAGAAAUCCUCCAUCGCAUCAACCAGCAUCUGCGUCAGGCGCUCAAACGGGAUACCGUCAACUGGCGUAUGUUAAACACAUGCCCUGCAUGCUUUUACAAGCUCGACGAUGAACCUGCCCUCGAUUUUGAAUGGCUGGUAUCAAUUGAUGGUAACAAUAGCCUGAAGCGAUGGGACUCGUCCAUCUAUGGUACCACCGCCCGAUCUGAUUCUCGCACAGCUCGUUCGGAUUAUUGGAUUCAUGCUGACGCUGUUGACAAGUUUGAGAAUGAAGUCAAAUCCCGACAAGUAAACUUGAGGAAUGAUGACGACUGGGAGGAUGAGCCUACAGACCCAGAUCAUCCGGGAGUAUUCACAUGCAUCAAUCAAUGGAGAAACACUGGCCCAGACUCACGUAAGAAGAUGUUUGCCGUAUUCCAAGAGUCAGGUAUUUUUAUCGCUUCAUGCCGCCAUCGCUUUGUGCUUCUCGUGUGUGAUAUGAUCCGAAGCGGAGAACUUGCGAAAUAUCCGAUAGCGAUCAUCGACAAACUCCUUACGGUAUAUGGAAAAAAUGGAGGUUGCGCGUACGAUAUCGGUUGCGCAUUCUCGAAGACGUUAGCUAAUACCAUCGAGGAACAUUUUGCUUUUUGGGAUGCUGAUAAGUAUGCUGCACUUAGUACAUAA